CAGGCCUCCCUAGCCGGUCCCAGGAUGGCCGGAGGAGCCAGCACGAUGAGCCACAUAGUAACCGUGGACCAACCCCAGGCCAAGCCGCAAGUGUCUAAACUCCAGUGUGGGAUGAGUUCGAAGACCGGGAAAAUCUUCUCUGGUCGAGUGUAUGAUUUCCUGUACGAUCCACUGUUCAUUGUGUCAAGUGAGAAAGACCACACACAGGCAAAUAUCCAAGCCACCCUGUUUAGAAGCCGACUGAAAAAGGUUCCUAGGUUUAGAACCAUGUUCAGUAACCUGAUCCAUUAUCCAAGAUAUUCUCUGUAUUGGAGCAAGUCAGAUCCUGUCCCACCAUUUAUUAGUCGGGAAUGGAAGGGACAUGAGGAGAGACGCAAAGAAGCCCUCCAGCAGCUUGCUGUAACUGGCAGUUUUCAGAUGCUUAAAGAAGUUUAUGAAGAUCCUGAAGUUACUGGAAAGAAUCGCUAUAAAUAUUUUGACAGGCCUUUUCUUCCAUUUUAUCAACAGAUUCCAUUGAAUGUUGUUUAUGCAGUAACCAAGGCAGAACCAUAUAAUUUUCCUCCUGCUUCCACUAAGUUCAUACCCAUCCCUUCAAAGUCUACUGUGGGUACUCAGACUGAUUAUCGGGAUGCUGAUGUUCAAACAGAUCCAUACUCUCCAGAAUACCUAGUAUGUCAGGACUCAAUCCCUGAGCUCUUGACACUGGCUACUCUUACUUGGGGUCGAGGGCUCCCAGCGGGACAGGCUGAAGUGGAGAUGAUAGAACGCGCCCGUGAGAAGCGUGCUUGGGAAGCCACUCUUCCCCCUCUGAGCGACAUCUCCCAGUUUGAGAAGAGGAGGAGGAUGAUGAAUGCCAUGGAGAGGAAGGAGUGGGCCUUCAGAGAGCAGGAGAUUGAAAAACUGCAGGAGAUUCGCCUGGAAGUUCUAAAAGAGCUGCUGAGGAAGCGUGAAGAGAAUCAGAGUGCAGUGAACACGCAGCGCUUGAACGCCCAGUGGUCUAAACUGCAGGAAGCCAAAGAGGCAAAACUGGUGCAGAUCCAGCGCGCAUACGUGUCAGAGAUCAGAAAACUUAUAGGAAGGGGAAAGAAUGUAGAAGGGAAAUUGGAGAGAAGAAAUAUCAUCAAUGACUAUUCUGAUUACGCAUCACAGGUCUACGGACCUUUGUCUCGUCUUGGUCGUUUCCCAGACAACAACUCAGAGGACUUUGUAGUAAAAAACCACUAUCUCAACACCUAUGAAGGAUUAGUCGAACUUGAGUCAUGUCUCCCAGAUUUUGUGACACAACCCCGUAUCAGACCUCCAAAAUUAAAACUCUCUUCUACCAGACCUGAUUUUCUGAAGAGGACAUCAAAGUUGGACCAUGAGUUAGCAGAGGUUCAUAAGGCACUGUUGGAUAAGAAGAGUAAAGUUCAUGAGGCAAAGAAACCCCUGCGCUUCCUUCAAAGAAACCCAAUACCUCAACCUCGGCUUCCCACUCCAACCCUGCAGAUGAGUUCCAAUGAAGAAGAAGAUAUAGAAAUGGCUGUGAUCUACCUUCAGAAGUUACUCCGGGGCAGAGUUGUUCAGAACAUGAUGUUUGAAGGGAAAGAAAAGCGCCUAGAGCUGAUCCAGGAGCUGCGCACCAGCCACGCGCUGCAAGAUGAUGACAAGCUGGUGAAGAAAGCUGAGAAGCAGGUGACCCUGGCACUCCAACGGCAGAGGAACUUGCACGAGCACAAGGUGGCACUGGUUGAAAACCACUUGGCCGGGCUGGAAGGCAGGGUGCUGGCGGACAUGUUUGACUUCCUGUCCAAAGAGCUGGUGAGACUGCAGGAGGAGCGGCGGAUCCACGCCUUCGCCAUGCUGGCCGAGCGCCAGCGGAGGAUGCGGGAGGCGGAGGAGAGUGGCCGGCGCCAGGUGGAGCAGCGGCGCCUGCGGGAGGAGGACGAGAUAUUUAAGGAGGUAAUUAAAGUUCACCAAAGUACUGUAUCCUCCUAUCUGGAAGACAUUAUACUGAAUGCUGAAGAGAACACGGCAGAAGAACAAGCCAGGGCAGAAAUUGAGAAGAUGGCUGAGGAAAUCAAUGACAUUGCUUAUGAAAUGGAAAACCGUCGAACUCAUCAUCAGUCGGAGGAGAUUGUUGCUGAGUUGGUUUAUAGUUUUCUAAUCCCAGAGGUGCAAAAAGACUUUGUUAAAGAAAAAGUGAGGAACGCACAGCGGAAACAUAUUCUUGCAGCCCAUGAGAUCAUCCACAGGCACACGGAAGCCAUGAUCCAGAAGAGAGUGACUGAGCAUCGGCAAGACCAGGUCUCAGACGCAGACACGUCACCUGAGAAAGAUGAGAAAGAAACUCCAGACGAGGGAAACAGCUAAGAUUGUAAUUAAAAAAGAAAAAAGACAAAUGAAGAAUUCAUUAAAGAAUUCCUGAAGAAUUCCAGUGGUCUGUGCUCCUCUCAUAGGAUCCUGUGCUCCUGGGCUUGUUGAUGUGUGAUUCGUGAGAACAGGGAUUUAUUUUCUUUAGGCUCUCAAUAAUUUAAAAUUACUUUCAGUAAUAAUAAUCCAAGGGCUUUAUUCUCUUUGAUAUUUCCUAAGUGCUCUACUUCAAGAGAAAAUUUUCUCAAGUCCCAUCCAAGGAUAUGCUGGCUUGUGAAAUCAAACAAAAAGAAAUGUUACUGAAUAUUUCUUAUGUAAUUUUGGUUUUCUGUUCAUUGGACAUUGGUGUUAUCUACUAAGGUAGAUGCCCCAUGAGCCAGCAAUUUAUCUCCUAGAUAUAUAUCCCACGGAAAGGCACGAGUACACGCUCCAAUGGGCGUGACAAGAAUGUUCACAGUAAAUAGUACUAUUCAUCAUGGCCCCCAAACUGGAAACCCACGUGUUCUUCUCCAUGGAUAUGGAAAAAUAAACUUUGGUCUAUUCAUACACACAUUGACCCACCUUUGAAUUUUACACCUAAGAAAUAUGUUUGCACAGCACCCAUAGAGAAGGUGCAGUUGGUGGGCAGUCUGCCCAUCCUGGUAUUGACAAACAUCAGGGUUGAAUGGAGCCUUCCUCCUUUAAAGAUUGACAAACGGAAAACAAUAAUGAACAAAAGCAUCAGCCACAAAAUCAACAUGGGGCCCAUGUAAAGAAUUCACACAGGAAAAUGUAUGUUACUCUGAAAACAGAAUA